AUGUCAAAUGGUAGCAUUGGGAACGGCGUCAUGGACCUCCAAGGGACCAUUGAUCCGUCUGCCCUCAACUCAGCAGGAGUCCUCGCUGGCCCGCAGGGCGUUGCGCAGCAACAGUCCAAGGGCUUGAAGCGCAGUCGCUCGCCAGACAACAGCUACGGUGACGCGCAGCAUGGCGACCCCGCCGAUGCGGACGAGACCGGGAAACCACGAAAGCGCGGCCGUCCACCCAAGUCCGCAAAGGCCGCGUUUGCUGGGAGCCCCACCCGUGGAUCGCUGCCUCCGCCUACGCCUACGCACGCCGGCGUCGCGCCCCCCGUGCAGACGCCGCGGCUGCAGACCUCGCCGCUGCCCCAGACUUCUCCCACGCAUGCAUCACCCUCUGCCAAAUCGACGCCUACGAAGCCUGCCGUCCUCAAGGCUUUGCCGACGGUGCGCGAUCACACCACCGACCAGCUGAACCCCGAAGGCGACGAGUACAUACCCCGCGAGAUCGACGAAGCUGGAGAACGCAAAGUCACACAAACCGGCCAUCCCCUCGAAAACCGCGAGUACCGUUGCCGCACCUUCUUCGUACCCCACCGCGGCGACAAGCUGUUCAUGCUUGCGACCGAGUGCGCACGCGUUCUUGGUUACCGUGAUUCGUACCUGCUGUUCAACAAGAACAGGUCUUUGUUCAAGAUCAUCGCCACGCAAGCUGAAAAGGACGAUCUGAUCCACCAGGAGAUUCUGCCCUACUCGUACCGCUCUCGACAAAUUGCAAUAGUAACAGCGAGGUCCAUGUUCAGGCAGUUUGGAAGCAGGCUAAUCGUGAACGGAAGAAGAGUACGGGACGACUACUGGGAAAGCAAGGCCCGUAAGCAGGGCUUCACGGAGGAAGACGCUGCAGGAGAGAAGCGGCCUGGUGCAGCAAAGGCGAGAGAAGCUGCUGCUGCCGAAGCCAACCACGCCAGCGCCAUGGCUUUUGCCCACCCAGGAGCGUUUGCAGGUGCGAACGCUGAUUACCUCGGUGCUGCAUCCAACCCUCUGCAACCCUUUGGUGGCCUGACGCCAGCACCAGGCACUAUGCCGAUCGGGGGUUUGGAGCCAUACAACCAACCCACGACGACUGAUCUGCAACCUCGAGAUUACAGCAGUGUACAGCGACCGCGCCAUGAACUUGCAGGUGCGCCGUACCAGGACGCUACGAGGCCCUCUCCUUCGGGCGAGAUUCUCAACCAAGCUGCACAGACAGCUGAGAUCAACAAGCAGUUCGAGCAACAACGUAAGAACCGCAAGCAGUACUUGGACGAUCUCUGGAACCGACCGCAUGAGCCGCCUGCGCAGCCAGAACGUCCAACCACGGCAGACGCUGGUCAGGUACCGCAAGUUUCGCAAGCUGUGCAGUCACCUCGCAUGCUUUCGACCAGCGUUAGCAUACCUGGCAAUCAGUACGGCAUGACAGCCCAGACGCCACAAAGACCGGGCCAAGGCAUGGGUGCGCAGUCUUACCGCCCGCAAUCCCUGCCGCAAAACAACAUGGUCCCCUCCCCCAUGGCACAGCAGCACACCCCACUGCCGAACCAAAUGCACCGCCGUCCACCAAGCCUAGGUCUACCACAGGGCAUGCCGCCAGGGAUGGGCCCAAACGGUAUGCUCCCAGGCGUUCAGAAUCCAGGUCAGGGUUACGCUCCCUCCCACAUGUGGCAGGGUGGUCCGCCUCAGCCGUCGCCUCUCUCCCAACAACACAACAUGCAGCAAUAUGCUCAAAGGCCGCCACCACAGCAGUCACCACACCCGCAGCAGUCUCCUAUGCAUGCAUCACCACAAAUGCAUCACGCCCAGAGUAGUGGUUCGAUGCAUGGCACCCCCGUCCAGCAAUAUCAGACGAUGAACGCGAUGGGAGGGAAUGGAUUUCCCAGUAUGGAUCAGAACCCUUACCAGCCUAGCCCGAGCCCACACCAGUUCAUGCAACAUCAAAGCGGUGCUGGCCAACAGCCCAGCAUGUACGGUAUGAGUCAGCCUCAGUCUCAGCAAGGAUGGCAGUCCUACUAG